AUGGCCCUGAUGGCGGAGUGCCCUUCUACAACUAUAGCGACAGCAACGAGGACGACAAGGCCGCCGGUCCGCCUGGCCAAGGUCGAGUCCGAGUCUGAGCCCGAGCCCGAGCCCAACUCCAGGUUCGCGCUGCUGCCGGCGGAGCUGCGACUAAAGAUAUGGGCGUGCGCGGCGGAGCCCCGUGUGGUGAUCCUCGACGACCUCGUGCACCGGGAGAGAGCGUACCCGCUGCCGGCCGUGACGCAGCUCAACGCCGAGUCGCGGGCCGAGUCGCGGCGCGGGUACGAGCCGGCGGGACGGGGCUCAUACGUCGACUUUUCGCGCGACAUUGUGGUCUGCGACGCGAGCAUCUCAGACCAGAAGGAAGGUGGCGCGCGCACGCUCGAGGCGUUGGCCCCGCGGGUGCGGCGGCUGGCCUUUUGGGACUGCUUCCCGGACGACGGGCGGGUCGACGGGCUGCCGCUGUACUCGGCGUACCUUGCGGCGUGCUACAACAAUAAUCACAACCCGCAGUAUCAGCAGACGGGACAGGGGCAGGAGGGCGCAGGCGAGGAGGGGGCCGAGCCCGGAGUCGCCGUUGGCAGGGUCGCCUUCGACCGGCUGUGGUUCCCCAACCUCGAGGACCUGUGGAUCGUCAAGGUGGGCGAGGUGGACCGGUCAUGGGAGCUCGGGCCCGUGGCCGUGGACAGGAGCGUGCCGUCGGAUGUGAGGGCGCGAAGAACGGCGCGCCAGUUCCGAUACUGGGUGGAUGACGGUGUCGUGGAGAUGGCGAGCCUUGACCUGGACGAGCCAGAGACCAAGGCGGUGCUGCAGCACGGGCGGUGCGGCAAGCCCGACUGCCGGGAGCUGAACCGGGGACGGCCGACGAUGGUGUCCAAGGUGGUGUUUAUGGAUGGGCGGUAUGGGGACAGCGGUGAUGGUGACGACGAUGACGACGGUCAUAACGGGGAGAGGCGGAGGCGGAGGAGGUGGCAACGGCGGGAGGGGCGCGCGGAGCGUUCGCCGUCAGCAUCAGCAUCGUCAUCAGCGGCAUCAGCAUCAGCAUCUUCAUCAGCAGCAUCAGCGUCGGAAUCGGCAUCGGCGUCGGCACAGGGACAAGCGAAGGGGUGCAGCGACUGGAGACGCAUACGGCCGUGGUCGACGGCGGGCGACCCGGACGGGGGCGCGGAUGGGAACGGCAACGGGAGCGGCCACAAGGACACGGCGGAGAACAGGAUGCGGUGGAUCAUCGUCGAGCGGAUACUGACGUUUUCGCUGCGGUGGGAGGGCUCCGGGGAGCUGGAGGACGGGGUGUCGGCGUCGGCGUCGGGGCAUGCAUCGGCGGAGUGA